UUCUCGGGGGGGAAUUUUAGGAGAGCUGGAAUUGCUGGAAACGAGUUCGCAGGAACAAUCACGGAAAAUCAAAGCGAGAAAAUUCCUCCGCGCAGCGCGCCAUUGACUGUAAAGACCUUUCAACUUUACAAAAACCUGAAAUUGACAAACGUUCUCUUGAGUGGAAACUUUGUCACGACGACCGUAUCGCCACAAAUCGACAGGCGGGGAUCACGUAUCGUGACGAAAUGACUGUGAAGGACUAAGUAAUCGCGAACAGGCAACGAUGGUUCGCCUGAGGCGGCGUUUUUCCGCGUAAAAUGCAGUUUGUGUUGUAGUUGACUAGUGCUCCGCGCGCUCCCCCGUUCAACUCGCCUCAGAGACGACAUGGAUGGAUAUGACGAGGAUCCGGCGAGCAAACUGAUGGAAAACCUCUCUAUAUUUGACGUUUAUCAAGACGGGAUGUACGGGGAACCGAACCCCGAUAUGGAGAAAACUAAACGAAUGAAUGGCAGCUCCUCCGCGCACGGGAACAAAGUCUACGGCGCGGCUCCCCUGCGCUCCGUCAACGGUAACCGACCCUCAGUGCCUCUGGAUUUCUGUUCUCCGCAAAGGGACGCGGUCUAUCCCGAUCCCGACGCGCACUGCACCAAAUCUGAAGUUGCCUUGCCGUGUUACAGCGGCGCGUCGGAUCGUCUCAGGAGAUACACGCAGGCGGAGGUGCAGGCGCACCGGUACAGCGCUGGAUGCGCCUACGAUGCGCUCAUUCUGGGGAAGCAGGUGAGGAGCAACAGCUUAUGCAUGGCCACGAGCCCCCGGUCCAGUUUAGCUUCGUCUCACUCGUCGCAAGACCAGAGCAAACACACCAGCCCGAGGUCGAGCAUCAGCAGCCCGCGGUCCAGCCUGGUGUCACCGGGACAGGAGAAGUACUGCGAGGGGAACGGCGUGAUCAGCCCCCGCUCGAGUUACGCCAGCACGGCCAGCGACACCAGCAAACACUCCAGCCCCAGAACCAGCCUCAACAGCUACGACUGCGGGAGCAAACCUAGCAGUAACCGAACCAGCGGCAUCAGCAUGGGCUACGACCAGCGGCACAUCAGCCCCAGAUCGAGCACCACAAGCCCGCGCUCCAGCUACUCGCCCGCGGGGAACCACGAACCGGAGAGCGGCGCGGUGCACGGCAUCCCCAUGACCAGCCCCCGAUCCAGCAUCUGCAGCCAGGACGGCGGCGGGGUUGCGCGACUCGCCGUGGCGGCAAACUGCGUGGUCAGUCCCCGCUCGAGCAUCUCCAGCCACAGCUCCAGGAGUUCGCGGAGCUCCAUGAGCGCGUAUCCCGAGCUCCAGCACUCCAUGCUGGGACCCGGUUUGCCGGAGGACGCGCUGCUGCAGGACUUCACGGAGCCAAACGGCCUCCACAACAACCGCGUCCACCUCCAAGCGUUUCCCGAGCCGCAGCAGCAGAAUUCAGACGUCAACAUCGUGUUUAACUACGGGAAGAUGGGCACCGGGGGGCAGCGCUUAAAGCUGCCGUGCCAGGUCACUCCAUCCCGGGACAGCGGCCCCAGUCCGGCGGAGCGGCGCCUGGAGGCCCUCACCCUGGAGCUGGAGAGGGAGCUCGAGAUGCACACGAAAAAGGAAUAUUUUGGACGGAGGCUACGAGGAAAGGCUUUCUAUAAUAUCAAUGGAAAGGUUUACUGUGAGGAAGACUUCCUGUACUCCGGGUUCCAGCAGACGGCAGAAAAAUGCUUCGUGUGCGGUCACCUCAUCAUGGAGAUGAUCCUGCAGGCUCUGGGUAAGUCGUAUCAUCCAGGCUGUUUCCGCUGUGUGGUUUGUAAGGAGGGUCUGGACGGUGUUCCUUUUACCGUGGAUGUGGAGAACAACAUCUACUGUGUGAAAGACUACCACAGGGCUUUUGCUCCUAAAUGUGCCUCGUGUAACCAGCCCAUCCUCCCAGCGCAGGGUUCAGAGGAGACCAUACGGGUGGUGUCCAUGGAUAAAGAUUACCAUGUGGAAUGCUAUCACUGUGAGGAUUGCGGUCUGCAGUUGAAUGAUGAAGAGGGGCAUCGCUGUUACCCGCUGGAUGGGCACCUGCUGUGCCACCGAUGCCACCUGCACCGGUUAAAAACCCCUCUACCGCCCCACCCGCCCCCGAGUUACCCGCUCCACGUCACUGAACUGUGAACACACGACUCACGCUGAACGAGGAGCGAGAGGAAAUCAAGACAGAAGGAUCGGUCCUUCCUCUGAACAAUAAACAGGGGUUCGGUCGUGCCCGUUUGACCAACUGGGGAGGCUUUUAUUAUUAUUUCAUCCCUCAUCACGGUAUCGAGGGGUUUGGGCUCGGUGUCCAGCGUUAGGUCUUCAACACUGCCGCAGGGGAUCGGAGGGUGACCCGUGCCUGUUUUUCCUCCUGAACUGAACACACAGACUGAGAUACGACUUCCUGUGCCUUCAUCGGAAAUCCUGCGUCGAUCAGGCCGUCGCCUCACUCACUGCCUUCGACAUGCACCAUUACUGCCCAGGGUCUUUAAAGGGACAGUUCACCUCAAAUUAAA